AUGACAGCAAAAUCCUUGGAGGCUGGCUUGUCUCUUAUCGAGAAUGACAAGUCCAAGAUACUCGGCCUCACUAUCGGCCAGCAUCAAAUCACACCGGGACAAGUGAUCCCCAAAGCAGAUGCCAAGAACCCACCUCAGAUAUCUCUCAGCGAACCGACGGGUAAUUAUAUCGUAAUCUGCCUUGAUCCCGAUGCCCCAUUUCCAUCUUUCAGCUUCUUGGGUCCCAUCAUGCACUGGGUUCAGCCAGGCCUGAAAGCCUCAUCGGAGACCACAGCUACCGGGCAAACCAUCCUCACAUCCGAAACCUCCGUCAUUAUCAAUUACGGCCCCCCUGGGCCUCCACCAGGGAGUUCACCUCAUCGAUAUAUCUUCCUCCUGUACGAACAACCCGAAGGGUUUCAGGCCACUGAUCAUGCGCCGGAGGGCGGGAAGACGCUGAAGAUCUCGCAAAGAGUGAAGUACAAUUUAAGUUCGCUUGAGAAGCAGAUGAAACUGGGACCCGUGGUGGCAGCGAACUACUUUUGUAGUAACUAG